GCGGCGCGAGGCCGGGCUCGGGUGGCGAGUAACGCCGUGGGGUGGGAGGGGGGAAAGGGUACAGCGCGGAGCGAAGGGAGGCGAGGAGGACGGACCGAGAGACGGACGGACCGGGUGAGAGGAUGUGAAGAUGGCGGAGCUGCAGAUGCUGCUGGAGGAAGAGAUCCCGGGGGGGCGCCGGGCCCUGUUCGACAGCUACACGAACCUGGAGCGGGUGGCCGAGUAUUGCGAGACCAACUACAUCCAGUCAGCAGAUAAGCAGCGAGCCCUGGAAGAAACCAAAGCCUACACAACCCAGUCUUUAGCAAGCGUAGCCUACCUGAUCAACACUUUGGCCAACAAUGUUCUCCAGAUGCUGGAUAUCCAGGCAUCCCAACUUCGACGCAUGGAAUCUUCAAUCAACCAUAUUUCACAAACGGUGGACAUUCACAAAGAGAAAGUUGCUAGAAGAGAAAUUGGUAUCUUGACUACAAACAAAAACACCUCAAGAACUCACAAAAUCAUUGCACCAGCUAACUUGGAGCGACCAGUUCGCUACAUCAGGAAACCUAUUGAUUAUACAAUUCUAGAUGAUAUUGGACAUGGAGUGAAGUGGUUGCUUAGAUUUAAGGUCAGCACACAGAAUAUGAAGAUGGGUGGGCUGCCUCGUACAACACCACCCACCCAGAAGCCACCAAGUCCACCGAUGUCAGGAAAAGGAACUAUUGGGCGUCAUUCUCCCUAUCGUACAUUGGAGCCGGUACGUCCUCCAGUGGUACCAAACGACUACGUGCCUAGCCCAACGCGCAAUAUGGCUCCCUCACAACAGAGCCCUGUUAGAACUGCUUCUGUGAAUCAGAGGAAUCGCACAUACAGCAGUGGGAGUAGUGGAGGAAGCCAUCCAAGUAGUAGGAGCAGCAGUCGAGAGAACAGUGGAAGUGGAAGUGUGGGUGUUCCAAUUGCUGUUCCUACACCAUCUCCUCCCAGUGUCUAUCCAGCCCCUGCUGGCUCGGCUGGCACUGCUCCCCUUCCUGCUACCUCUGCUCCUGCCCCCACUCCUCCUGCUCCUGCCCCUUCCUCUGCUGCCCCAGAUGCUGCUGCUGCUGCUGCAGGAGCUCAGCCCCUUGCUGAUGGCUUCACCUCUCCAACUCCCCCUGCUGUUUCUUCCACACCCUCUACAGGUCACCCAGUUCAGUUCUACAGCAUGAACAGGCCUGCAUCUCGACACACACCCCCAACAAUAGGGGGAUCUUUGCCAUAUCGGCGUCCUCCUUCGAUCACAUCACAGACAAGCCUUCAGAACCAGAUGAAUGGAGGGCCAUUUUAUAACCAGAAUCCAACAUCCCUUGCUCCUCCUCCCCCCUCCAUCCUACAGGUAACUCCACAGUUACCACUAAUGGGAUUUGUGGCCAGAGUUCAAGAAAACAUUUCAGAUACUCCUCCCCCACCACCGCCUGUGGAUGAGCCAGUGUUUGAUGAAUCUCCACCUCCACCACCACCUCCAGAGGAUUAUGAGGAGGAGGAAGCAGCAGUGGUGGAGUACAGUGAUCCAUAUGCUGAGGAGGACCCUCCUUGGGCACCGAGGACCUACUUAGAAAAGGUGGUGGCAAUCUAUGACUACACAAAGGACAAAGAAGAUGAGCUAUCAUUUCAAGAAGGUGCCAUUAUUUAUGUCAUCAAGAAAAAUGACGACGGCUGGUAUGAAGGGGUCAUGAAUGGAGUGACGGGGCUCUUCCCAGGGAACUAUGUGGAGUCAAUCAUGCAUUACUCGGAGUGAAGACUAGAGGACAGAACGCUGCAUCUCCUGCUGCAGGAGCUGUCAGGGCUUCCCAGAUCUCCACCAGCCUCUGGGGCCCCAUCCAGUCUAACUGAAUGAAGGAUAACUGUAACAACCACUCUUCCCCCUUUCUUCCCAUCCUCCCCCAUUAUAAACCAAUAGUAAUUUGAGUUGUUUGAACAAAUGGCUCUUUCAGCUGCCAGCAGAGGCUAUCCUGGCCCAUCUGAUGCUGAAUUAAGCUGACACAUUCAGAUGUAACAAACUCGUUGAGUAGCUGAUACUUCACUCAGUUUCUGACUUCUUCUGACAGGCUUGGGAUAUGUCUUGGAAUCCUGUGUGUCCUUGUGGUACUACCCUUGGCAGCAGUGCCUGGCGCUUGGGAUGUCCUGGAUGUUUGUGGUGAAGGUUUACCAGCCAGUGGACAGCCCUCCUGUUCCUAUACUAUGCUCCCAUGCAGCUGGAAGAAAUCAUGUGCUAGCAAACUGGAAUUUUACACAGAGGCGUUCCUGUAACUGACUUCCAGAUAGCUGGUUACAUCUUUAGCAUAAACCCAUCUGCAGCUGCUCUGCACAUGUAGGCUGACACAGGGGCACACAGAGCUGGCUUUCAUUUACUCACCUUUCAGUUUAGACAACUAAAAUGGCUGCAGCCCAGAGGACCCCCACCCCCAUUUCCUCAUCUUUUGAAUGCCACCAGUUUGUUUUGUGUUCUGCACUGAUGUAAGUGUGCUCCUCUCCACAGUGAGCUACUUGCCACGGGCGCUGCUGGUUUAAACAGAACUCACAGAUGCUGUUGACAGUGAAUGCAAAACAAAGUUUACAGGUUCUCCUGGGGUCUGAGGAUAAACUCUAGGGGCUGUGAUCUAAGGCUCAAGUCUACUCGCACCUCCUUGCACUAGUGAAACUUACCCCCGACUUUAGUCUUAUGCACAAUAUAAUCUUAAAAAUCCAAUCAGGUAUUGUAAAUUGGCUAUUUUGUACUUGAUUAGAUUUGCAUAUGUACUGUGAGAGCCCUGUGUAGAGGCAGGACAAACGGCAAUUGUCGUCUUCAUGUCUGUUGCCAAAAUCUCUUCAGUGGAAGCAAAAAGGGCUGUUGUGUGUACUGGUUUCCCAUGGAAAUCCAAGCAGUAACUGGUAGUAGUCCUAGCUCUUCCCCCAGCCCUCUCCAUUGUCUGUUAUAAAGAAAUAGGUAUUCUGAGCUGACUGCUGGAUCUGGGUGGAGUUAUUACCAAGUAAAGACUCUGUAGCCCCUUGUGUUGCUAGUUUGCUUUUUAAUCUAGUCUCAGUUAAAAAUGCUGCUCAGUGAUUCUGCCCAGCAGAUCAGUGUAAAGUGAUGGCUGCACUAGUCUGCCCUUGGUCAGGAAGGACCAAAUGUUAUCUUUGGGUAAAUGUCAUGCAUUAACAGAGUGAGCUGGGUAAAUCUCAUUGCAGUCCUGUUAGCCUACAAAUAGAGCUGAUGCCUGCAUUGCCAGUCUCCUGGGCCAGGGCAUCUUCCUGAGCAACUUCUGUCACGUGGCCGAGUUCCAGCUGGUACCAGCAGUAGGUCCCCAAAGGUGUGACAGUGCUGCAGCUGUCUUCUGAGGCCUGUGUGUAGAACAGAGCAGUGCACAAGAGAGCAUCGAGGCUGGGUUUGUGACAGUUUUGGCAAGGAUACACGUAAUUGACCCAGUGCCCUUGUUAGGUGAUCAGUGCAGUAUCAGGGUGGAGGUAUAGGUUUGGUGCGUUCCUGGGUGGGGAGGCACUGUAGCUGCUCGAGGAAGAAAGAGGAAACAAACAUGUGAGGUGUGUUUGUACGGAUGGACAUGGAUGAAUGUGAUCACCCCUGUGAGCUUGUGGAAGAGUAUGUUAACUCCUGUGACAGUGCAUACGGAACCAGUUUGGUUGAAGCCUACAGCAGGUACAAGUUUGAAGAAACUGGUACAAAGAUAGAAGUUACUUUCUCCCCCUAUCAAUCCACUACCUGCUUCUCUGAAAACCUGUGACUUGCAGCAAGACUAGCAGAAGCAGCUAUGGUUAAUUUCCUCACCCCAUUGUUUCUCUGGGAGCAAGCCUGGAAACACAGGUUGUCAGUCACUGGAAUGACUGUUUCUAGUGUCAUAGGACAGACCUACACAUUUUGCACAGGGAGGCAGUGCUCUUGGCCCAGGUGGUGGAACAGCAGUAUUUCACAAGCCUUUGGUGCUCACAGGGUGGUUAUGUUUUCCAGGACUAUCAAUGCUUUCCUCCUUUCUCUUGCCCUGGGUAUGUCUGUGGUAAAGACUUGAGCAUGGUGCUCAAUUGCAUCGAGUUAGGGCAGCUGAACGAGAGCUGAACCUCUCUCCCCGUGCACACAUGCUCCAUGUGGGAGGUCAUGCAUUGUUGAAAUGUGUUUUUAACUAGGUCUGUGUAAGAAAGAGCAUGUGCUUGAAUGCUUCUGCUGGGUGGGUGGGUGGGUAUAGUGUGUACCUCCUCUGUGUGUGGCACACACCAGUGUCCUUGUUCUUCAGUCAGGCAGUUGUUCAUCUUGCAAGUUUUCUGUGUUGUGAGAACAGAGCAGUGUGAACUCUGGGAAGUGCUGAGCCCCUGCCAGAGCACAGCAUGGAAGAUGAGGCUGCAAAACCUUGAGAGUGGAAUGUGUGAAGCUCCUUAAGGAACUGGCCUUGGUCUGAGGGCCCAGGGGUUAGUCAGGUCCCUGCUGAUAGCAAGUGGGAUUGUUUAUGCUGCAAGAAUUGCUGUGGAUGGAAUUUUUGGGUCACCUCCUGCUGGUUUUAUGCUUUAUUAUGCAGUACUAAUGUAAAGAAAUUUGUUGAAGUUUAUGCAUAGUUUUUAUUUUCUACAGGUUUUAAUUCUGUGGCUUGUUUGGGGAUGAUGUGAUGUAAUGGUCUUAGAUCAGGCCAAGGUAAACAGGCUGUGUAUAUUACUGUUACAUAGAUUGCAUGCUAGUAAAGUCAGUACGAGUCAAGUUUCCA